UAUUUAAAAAAUCAUUAUUUAAAUGUAAUAAAAGAACGAGAAAUGUUUAAAGUAAUGUGUCUAUUUACUUAAAAAUAUUUUUACUUAAAUAGAAUAAACAAAAUAUAUGCUUGCCUCAAUAUAGGCUUGCAUCAAUAUAAUAUAUAUGGUUUUAAGAAAAUGUAUUUUUUUUCUUUAAAAAAUUUUUCUCUUAAUGUAUAAAUUCCGUUCUAAUUAACAAAACUUAAUUUUUAUGUUUAAGAAUGUUACAAUGAAUUUUGACCUAUUAUAUAUGCUCUAUUAUUCUCCAUUUGCAAUAGAUAAAAUAAUUGGACGCCACAUGCAAUACUGACUUCUUAGACAAAAGAAAAAUCAAAUGUGACGUAUCUGCAAAAAAAUAUAAUCGUACGAAAUUAUAAAAGCUGCGCGUUCAUAAUUAUCGAAUCACAAAAUGAAUAGAUUAGAUAGUUAAUAGAACUAGAAACACAAUAUUAUUAUUAUUAUUAUUAACAUUAUAACAGUAAUAACUAUAAAAGUGGAGCUCCUAAUUAUAAUUAUUUUACCAUUCAGUUAUAUAAUCACAGACAUCAAACAUUUAUCUUUCAGUGUAUAGAAAUAUUGAUUCGUAUAUAAGUUUCAUUCUAAUUAACAAAACUGAACUUUUGUUUUAAAAACGUUAUAAUAAAUUUUUUUGUCCAUUAUAUUCUCUAUUACUUUCCAUUCACAAUAAAUAAAAUAAUUGGGUAAUGCUGAUUUUUCAGACGAAGACAUUUAGAAAUUACCUUCCUUCUGCUUAAAAAGUAACCAAAAUUAUCUAUUUAAAUAAAACAAACCAAAAUCAAAAUUUCUUUUUGCCAUUAAAUGACAUAUUCAACUUUCAUAUGGAGUUUCAGCGCGUUAUAUCAAUUUGUUUAUAUUAGUCGAUCUUUGGUACUCGCGACGAUUUUCGUUUACAACCUCUGUCGACUUAAAAUGCACAAAGUAAUAAUUUGAAUUUUGAAUACGGGAAAGUCACAGAGAGUCAUGUUUAGCAAAUACAAUGUUUAAGAAAUGACAUUUUGCGUAACAGCAUUAAUGUGUGAGAUAAUGCAUUAUCGUAGUACAGAAUCUGUUACCUUUCCACAAAUCUGACCAUUUUUUGGACGAAGAGAAUCAGCUAUUUUAAAAUAAAUUUAAGCGGAUUGCCUCACGCAAAUGCCUCAUAACGCUUAAGUACCGUAAUAACGUCUUUAACGACAUUUUGACGUCAAAUAAGCUUGCUACCUGGGUAGUAUUCCUUAUUGACUAUUUGACCUUCAUUUGACUGCGCAUUCGAUUUUGAUUCAACUGCUUCAUUUGAAUAUAGACAAAAUCCAAGUACUUUUUGAGUAGAAGGUAUAACGGAACUUAUUUAUGAAUCAACCUAAUAAAUAUUCAAUUACGGAAUAAAUAACAUUUCGACAUCUGCUUAUACAAUCAUAAUACUUUAACGUAUGAGAUUUUUUUUUUAAUUCACAGUGCGACUGUCUCAAAGUACCGAUAUUACAGUUAAGAUUAUAACGCGAAGAUGUUCCUCGAUACGAUUUGGGCUUAAUCAAGCCGUUCUCGCGAUUUUAAUUUCACGCGUAAGCGUAAGGUCAUCGCACGAUUGAACAUCGUUAUCGUCAUUGACGUACGUCAUUUGCUAUCGAUACCGAAGAUUUCAAAUGCGGAUAAGCCGAAGCCGAAAAUCUGACGUUCUCGCGUGCAAUCGGAUUCGAUCGACAAGUUCGAUUGUAAUAAGAGGAAAAUUAAAUGGAUCACGGCGCUGUAAUACUAACAUAUUAUCUAUAUCAUCAUUCAUGUAAAUUAUUUUAAUUGCAUAAUGCAACAUACACGUGCGUUACGUGAGAUACAGAUUAACCGCAAAACAAAUUAUCGCGAUUCCUUCUGAGGCGGAACUAAAGCGGGAGAAAAUUGAGCGUGUUAGAUGUUAAUUAGAAAUACACGUGACGCGUAUGAGACGCGUCUAUGCGUGAUACUAUUUGCAUGACACGAUAAAGACUCAUAAAAGCGGCGCACAAUCACGGAAUCACGUAGUCGAUGUGCCUCCGCACAUAUGGCGAUACGUUUCACGACAUUGUUUCGCAAGUGCGAAAACUUGAAGAUUCGACAAGAUUCACUUAGGAAUAAAAUCUAUAUCGCAGGAUCGAUUUUCAAUGGUCCUCAGGUAGGAAGAGGCUGCUCACCUUUCUUCAAUUGGCCCGUCGCUGGCUGGAUGAUUCACAUUUUGAUUUUCGCCGUGAUUAACAACAGUUCCUGAAUCUAAUCAGCAAGAAAAAGAGAGGGAGAGAGAGAGAGAGAGAGAGAGAGAGAGAAGAGAAAGAUAGUCGCUCUCUCUCCGUGGCAUAAAUUACGUAAUUUACGUUAUUUGUGUCCUGAAAUAAACCGUCGUCGUCGUCGUCGUCGUUGUCGGCGGCGCGAGUCUUAUCAUUCUCAAAGGAGAAUGGCUGUAUAUUCGCGGCAGCGAGUAUCACGCAGCUCUCAGUAGGAAGAUGAUAGAGGGCCAGGUGCAUCAACAUCCGGUACGAGUGCCGCCCGACAAGCCACAGCCGCUCCAGACCGCCAAUGUCGGCGUCAAGUUCGAAAAUGAGCAAUGUAAGGAGCCCCUGCUUCCGGAAAAGCAGAACUCUCACAGGAUGACACCGACCGACGGCCGCUCGCGGACCACCUCCGAGUCGAAGGACACCGCAAACGCCACCACCAACGUCGGCGGCAUCACCACGACCACUAAUGGACAGGCGGCAACGGCAAAUUCCACCACCGAGGACUGCCUCGAGGUGACCAUCUUCGACGAGGGCGUCGACGGCGGCCGGCUGCCGGACGUCGUCGCCGAGAGCAAGAUCUACGGCGUGACCGAGGAGGAAGAAUCGCUCGAAUCGUACUUGGCGAUCACCAUCCAGGUCUUCAUACCCUUCCUCGUCGCCGGCCUGGGCAUGGUGGGCGCCGGAUUAGUCCUCGACCUCGUCCAACACUGGGUGGUCUUCGAGAAGGUCAACGAGCUCAUGAUUCUGGUACCGGCGCUUCUGGGGCUAAAGGGUAAUCUAGAAAUGACUUUGGCGUCGCGUCUUUCUACUCAAGCGAAUCUCGGACACAUGGACUUGCCGAAGGAGCAGUGGCACAUGAUCAUCGGGAAUCUCGUCUUAAUACAAUGUCAAGCGAUAGUGGUGGGCUUCCUGGGUUCCGUGGUGGCGAUCGUGAUGGGUGCCUUCCGCAACGGCACGGUCUCCCUGGACCAUGCCUAUCUACUAUGUGCCAGCAGUCUGGUCACGGCGUCCCUCGCUUCCUUCGUUCUGGGUCUUAUUACCGCGGGCGUCAUCGUCUUCUCCCGUCAUUGUCAUAUCAAUCCGGACAACGUGGCCACGCCGAUAGCCGCCAGUCUCGGAGACAUCACGUCGCUGGCGCUCCUCUCGUGGAUCGCCACCAUACUCUACGAAAGCAUAGACAAGCAGGACUGGGUGGCACCGCUCGUUAUAGCCUGUUACGUCCUCGUGACGCCGCUCUGGGUGUGGAUCGCCAAGAAGAACAAGUACACCAACGAUGUGCUCUACUUCGGUUGGACGCCGGUCAUGGUGGCCAUGUUGAUCAGCAGCUGCGGUGGUCUCAUACUGGAGUUUAUGGUGUCGCGCUUCGAGAACCUAACGGUGUUUCAGCCGGUCAUCAACGGCGUCGGCGGGAACCUGGUGGCCGUCCAGGCCAGCAGGAUAUCGACGGCGCUUCACAAACAAGCCGAACUCGGCACGCUUCUAAUCCCACCGGGUCAUACGCACCCAGUCAUUUUCAUCACCCCAAUUGCUAAUUUUUUCGGGAAAGGUAUGCACGCCAGAACUACGAGAGUCCUGAUGACGAUGGUGAUACCGGGCCACAUCAUCUUCAUUUACCUGAUCAAUUACAUGAAGGACGGCAACACAUCGAUGACGCCGCUCUUCGUCUUCGUUUACCUCUGCGCGGCGAUGCUGCAGGUCGCGGCGCUCCUCUACAUCGCCUACAUAAUGAUCCACUGGAUGUGGAAGCGGAAGAUCGAUCCCGACAACUCAGCGAUCCCGUAUCUGACCGCGAUGGGUGACUUGCUCGGGAUCAGCCUGCUGGCGAUUGCCUUCCAAUUUCUGUACCUGGUCGGAGAUCAAGAUUUCGACGCGCCCUGACCGUAGAAGUCGGAAAAUUAUAACGUUCUAACGGCGGGCAGGACGUACAAGUUAGAACUGUCGGACCGAAAGGGCAUUCCUUACGAGGCUGUGGUCGUCUGAAAGUAUUCCAUCAAAUCCAAUCGUCGGUCUACCAGUUCGCCGACGGGUCUCACGGACGGACGGUCGCAACGGUAUUACUUGGCAUUAAUAAUUCAUCACUUAUAUUCCGCGUUCGCCAGGAAUUAAUUAAAAGGCCUGGUGUCGAGAUUGUUGUUCGCAUUUUGUAAAAACCAGAAUUAUCUCCAUUAUUAAUGCGAGCAUCUCGAUACAUAUUUAAUUCACACAUUUUUUUUUACGAGCGCAAAAUACAAGUGGUUGAUAUCGUUAGUACCUUGUCAAGCUGAGCGAGCGCGUACUCAGGUUUUAAUUAGUUGCUAAUAUAUCAGAAGAUAAUACGAGGUCGGUAGACACGUGGCAAAUUAAUUCGUCGACUAUAUAUCUAGAAAUUACGAUUGUAUUUUAACGAAGCAUGGAAUUCCGUCUGAGUCACUCUCUCACUCCGGAAUUUAAGUCUAAAGUUCAAGAACUAAUGUUCCUCAGGAACGGACGAUAUAUAUGGAUAUUUAAUUGAUGAAUUUAUCAAGCAACGGCGAUAAUUGUACGUAUUACUCGGCAGUAUAUAGCUGACAAUAUCUCUCAAACGCAAAACCUAAGAUUCGCUAAUCUCGGAACAUUCUGGAGCAUAAUUCUUCGGUGUAUUACCAGACGGUUGUAUCACGGUGAAUUAGAAAAUUGUCGUAUUGUCCGGGAAUAAUUUACGAAGUUGCAUAUUAAAUUACAAUCGCGGGGAUUGCGAUGGCAAUUUAAUGUUAGGACUCCGUAGUGGUUCGUAGUUCACUCACCCACGAGAGAACUCUGAUUCUUACGCGGAGCGCGCGUAAAUGAAAACACAUGUAGUCGUAACGCCAACGCGUAUGUGUCUUCGAAUAGUUGCCUUCGUAUACGACGAAAUUUAGAUAGGUAUUUUAGAAGCUGCCACACGACCUAUUUUUGGAAGCUUUGGAGAAGCUCUUGGGGAUUUACGCGAAACACUCAUGAAACGUUUGCCGCAUAAAAUCCCUACACUUGCGGUGCGUUUGCAAUCGGAAUUCGGUCUUCCUUACGCAAAUAACUGUAAUUCCACGAUUUUUUUAACGUUCUGAAUUAUAUUUAUUAAUGGUAUACGGAACAGCUUUUGGUUCCGAAGAAUAAUCGCCUACGAUAGAACGCAUUGUCGGGCUAGAAAUUGAGCUGAUGACGUAAAUCAUCGUGAGUACGAAAGCCGGACGUAUUUUUCAAAGAUUCAAGCGGAUUUUGAAGAAUUUAUAGAGAGAAAUUGUAAUUGCGAAACACGCGAUGAUCGAAGCUUAGCGUAUAAAGCUGAUAUAUAGUGCGCAGUUGUUAAGAAAUUAAUCCACGAAUUUUUAUCUCGAUCGAUUGUAUCGAGGAAUCAUUAGCCGAUUGGAAAGUCCGCGCAAAAGGAUGAGCCUUAGCGAAAUUGCGCGCAAAGAGCAUCGCUUCGAGAGAAGAUAGUGAGGGGCGGCGCUUGAAAAAAAUCACAAUGCAUUUAAGAGUUAACGUUCCCUGGUGGAAAUUUGUCAUAUAAUUUUUCAGAAUUUCUGAAUAAUUUUAAAAAAUUUCUACAAACUGCGUAACACUUUUUAAAAGUGUUGGAAAAUCUCUUCUAAAUUCUUUAUAAAUAUGGCAUCUAAAAUGGUUCCAAAAUUUCUCGUUUUAUAAUUUCCGAAGAAAGCUUAAAGUCAGAAGUAGCUUAGAAUAUUGCUUUCAGAAAUCUUUAUUUAAAAUAUAAAAUUUAAAAUUUAAAAUUAAAAUUAAAAUACGCAAAUUUAAAAUGUGAAAAAUUCUUAAAAAUAUGAGACAUUGUAUGAGAAUAUUUUUCACCGGGGAUGAACGAUUUAAUUCGCGCCCUGACACGAGUACAACACACUUUUGUGUUCAAAGAGGUUUCGAGCGAUACUUCGGUCGAUAUUGAUUUCGCUCGGUGCGCCUGACGCGGUUCAUGCGGAUAUACGCUGUAUAGUAUUGUAAAUUAGUUGAUAUUUCGUAAAGAGAAAAAGAAAAAAAGGAACGAAGAGGCGUCGUUAUAUUUCUGUGUAUAUAUUACUGCAUAACGUACGUGUUUUACGUACGCUAACGUAUAUUAUAGGCGCCGCGCGUGGGAGACUAAUAUUUAGUCUCCGCGAUAGGGGAGGAGGGAUUCACGUCCAAAGUCGACAUCGCCUUUCGGCCCACACACGUUCAGUAUUAUCGCUUUUACGACGUUGUGCCUGGAAUCGCCGAGACACGGCACGGUAUUCCGAUUCCGCCGACAGAACGGUCCCGCUUCUUCGGCACUGCGUGUCUUCUGCGCGAAGAGCUGCGUUCGAGUCAAUCCGAUUGAAAUAGCACAGUGCACUUACAUGAGUAAAAAAGAAAAGAUGAAGAGAAAAAAAGGAUCACGGCACGAUGCGUUACGGUCACGUGAUUUAACAGUGCAUGAAUUCAUCUGAAGUUUUGUUUAAUCGAGAAUCACUUUCACUUCGCGAUUAGUGUCGCUUUAUAAGUUUCAUCGACGCGGUAGAGAUGGAGCAAAAUAUGAAAAAAAAAAAAAUAGAGAGGAAGAGAGAAGAAUGGGCUUGUAAAAAUUCGCGGAUAUGAAUUCGCGAAACAACACGCGUGCGUUUCAUCUCCCAGUAAACAACAAUUGAUUAAAAUUGAUUGAAAUUUAUAAUUUGAAUUUAACCGAAUGUGUACUUUAAACCCAUGAAGAUGGAUUGAAAUAAAUUGGAAAAUGAAUCGUAAAAAUGAAAUGCAUUUCUAUUCGAUAAUACGUUAAUGCUUCUAACUAUUAAAAUAUUUUCAAAACAUGCAUAUUUUUAAAUGGAAACUUUUAUUGGAUUCAGAUGGACUGAAACUAUUGUAUAUAUUUCCUAUUCACAAUUUUGAAUUGAGUAGCAUUCAUUGAGUUCAUUUUUGCGGAAAAACCUUUUAAUUUGAUUAAAUUGAAGAACAUUUUUUGCGAAAAAAUAUUUAACUGGAUUAAAUUUCUUAUCUAGAAUUUUAAAUUGAGUAGUAUUUAUAAUCCGCUUUUUAAAGCUAAACUUCAUUCUGGAUUAAAAGGCGUAGAAAAUGUCUAGUGCUUCAUUCAAUUUCUAUAAAUGGAUAAGAAGGUAUUAGGCUUUGAAAUGGAUUCAGAUUCUCAGAAGCAAGCAUUCGCGUAAGUUGAAAUGAAUCCUUUUCAAUCCAUUUUAAUCCAUUUUCGUUUACUGGAUACGCAGUCAAAUACCUUGAAAACGUUUAUCGCUCGUAGCACCAUGUAGUAAUCGUUAUUCGCUUUAUUUUAUAUAAAAAGCAUACUCGUAUUUUUUUUAUAUAUACGUUUGUUAGUUUUGACAAGCACAAGCACAAUGAUCGUGUUACACACAUGAUGAAAUGUGCUAUAAAUACGCAGACAAUAAAUAUGCAAUCUGAGAACGGAUGUGUAAAGUAUUUUGUAUGUGUAAAAAGGGAAUUUAUAUGAUUCUCUCUGUACAAAGCCGAUUUUUGCAAAUAAAAACGACAAAGAAAACGACGAGAUAUAUUUUAAACCAUUUUACUCUCGCUACUUGUGAAAAACUUUUAAAGGAGAACGAGAUUUUGCGGAGAGGAGAAAAUGCGAAUGCUGCCACUCGAUCGCCGGACCCUCGUCUCGACGUGAUACAAAGACAACGUCUUGGUCGUUUAUUAAACUUUAUCCGUAGCCCGAAACACAGCGUUUGUUCCGUAAGUUAGAAUGACGAACGUGCAGACAAUAAUCGCACACAGGCGGCGGACGGGGCGAGGAAAUAUAAUAUUUUGUAUACGAGACACCGUGUGUUCUUGCGAACGAUAUAACUGGGUAAUAUACUUCAAUGCGAGGAGAUCGAGCAGCGUACUUCGAAAAUAAUGUUCCUGUCUACGUUAAGUCUACUGCGUUUUAAAGUGUUAAAAGAAAAAUGCGGGAGAUUAUGGGUAAAAAUGCUGGAGACGAUAUCUGUAGUCAAUUACGCGGCAUCAACUACGAAUUCUACGAUGAGGAGAAGCAAAACACAGGGGAAAUUGCGCGAUAAUUGCCUGACGCGUCCAGCUGAAAUCAUUGACUGUUAAACACGAAAUGGUCGAGCAGCAUAGUAGUCGAGAAAUAUUUUGACGUAGAUCUCACCGAGAUAUGUAAUUUUGUAAAAUAUGUAUAAUAAAACGUAUGAAAAAAAAA